GCGGCUCCGUGAGGCGGGACGGGCGGCGCCGCGCCCUGCCGGGCACUCGGCAGCGGGACUCAGCCCCCGCCGAGCGGCGAUGUCCCCCCUGUGGAAGGCCGUUCUCUCGGAGAGUCUCCUGGGUUACAUUUCUUGGUCUCUUUACCAUGCACUGCCACCAAUGAUCUACUACUUCCCUCUUCAGACGCUGGCACUCACAGGCCUAGAAGUUUUUGCUGUUGCCUUCUUUUCCCCAAUAUUCUUGACAAUUGGCCCUUUUUGGAGGUUGGCUAAAAAUGAGUAUGUCCUAGCCUUUCUGAGAUUGACUAUGGUUGGAAGCUUAGCAUCAUACCAUGCACCAAAUGCUUCAAUUAGACUGCUCAUCUUGGCUGCUGGUGUUUCUUCUUCAUUGCUGGUUCAAACAGUAACAUGGUGGUCAGGAAACAGUUUACAAAGGUUCCUCAGAAUAUGGGGCUUCAUUCUAGGCAAGAUAAUGCUCCUUGUUCUUCGUAUCUGGUACACAUCACUUAAUCCAGUCUGGAGCUCCUGGGUUGCCAAUACUGUCAUACUGACAAUUGGUUUUGUAGCAGCAGUGGAGCAAAUCCAUUCAGGUGGAGACAAGAGGAAACAAGAAACAAACAAAACUGGUAAUGUGAUUAGAGAGGCUGCUUCCCAUCCUCACUGGUUUUUAUCAGGGAUUGCUUUUGGCAGCCUCAUGUUCCUCACUGUGUGGAUAUUUGGGGAGGUUUCCUUAAUUUCCAGAUGGGCAGUAAGUGGACAUCCACAUACAGGUCCAGACCCUAAUCCAUAUGGAGGUACAGUUCUGUUGGGCCUUGCUCAUGGACUGAUGCUUUCAUUUUGGAGCUGGUCUUCUAUCAUCAGUUUUGCCUUGUUUCUUAUAGGUUUGGCAUCUGCAGCUGGUCUCCUUUAUUUGCAUACCUGGAGUGCUGCUGUUGCAGGCAACAUUCUUGGUAUCUUUACUAUGUGUGUGUGGCCUCCACUAGCUGCACGCUUUGUUAGCUGUCUGCAUCCUGGGAAAGCCAUGAGCACAGCCAUGCUUGCCUACGUUCUUGAGUUAUUCUUCUGUGUAUGGUGUACAGCUUAUAAAUUUGUACCUGGAGGAGUUUACAUUAGAGAAAGCUCCCAUCUUCUUCUAGGUUUUAUAAUGUUAUGUAUUGGGGUAGACUUUCUAACAGGACCCAAGAAAGACCUUAGCUCUGUCUUUGAAGUGAAAAGCAAUCAAAAACCAUUCUUCAAAAGGAGUAAAAAUUAUAUUAAACUAUUGUUGUGGCUGCUUGUUGGUGUUGGUUUGCUUGGAUUGGGUUUACGUUAUAGAACUUACCAGAAGAAGUUGGGCCUAGGGGUUCCAAAAAAAGAUUUCUCUGCUAUGAUCUGGCCUUUUAGAUUUGGAUUUGACAAUGAAGGAUGGUCUAAUUUGGAAGGAUCAGCUAAUUUGCUUAAUCAGACAGAAGCAGAUUUUAUCACUAUUAUAGAGAGUGAUGCCUCUAAACCAUUCAUUGGAAACCAUGAUCCAACCAUGUGGCUUGGAGAAAGACUGGGAUUUUAUACAGAUUUUGGUCCAAGCACAAGAGAUCACACUUGGGGGAUUAUGGCACUAUCCAGAUAUCCAAUUGUAAAAUCAACUCAUCACCUCCUUCCAUCUCCAGAGGGAGAGAUUGCACCUGCCAUCUCCCUGACUGUCAACUUCACAGGGAAGCUGAUUGAUUUUGUUGUUGCUCACUUCGGAAAUGAAGAAGAGGACUUGGACAGAAAACUCCAAGCAAUAGCUGUUUCAAACCUGUUGAAGACUAGCUCUAAGCAAGUUGUGUUUCUAGGAUACAUAACUUCAGCUCCUGGAUCCAGAGACUAUACAGAAUUAAUAAAAAAUGGAAAUGUGCAGGAUAUUGACAGUACAGACCGGGACAGAUGGUGUAGCUAUAUUAUGUAUCGUGGAGUAAUAAGGCUGGGUUAUGCCCGCAUAUCUCAUGCUGGUUUAAGUGAUUCAGAAGUCCAGAUGGCCAAAUUUAGGAUCCCAGAUGACGUGGAUAGCUAUGUUGACAAUGACAGAAUUGUCACUGAUCCCAGCCAAGUUCCUGAGGACAUCCAUUUCAAUCCCAGGUUUGGAUCUUAUAAAGAUGGACAUAAUUAUGUGCCUAUUCAUCACUUUCAUAUGAGCACUCCUAAAUAUUUUAAACGGACAAAUUAGAGCAAGAAAAUAAAAUUAUUAUUGAGACCACCAAGAAAGGUAUAUCGCUCGAAACUGACAGCCAAAAA